UUUGGAACUGUGUAGCGUGUACAGUUGCCGUCACGGGGCGUUUAUCGAUCUGAAUGUUCUGCAGUUGCUGGCAGGUGUGUAUAAAGUGUCAUAUACAUCCUACUUCCUCAUUGUUGCCCAACAAUAUACGUUUUCUUCAAAACAAUGGACGCUUUUGGUGACGAUUUCACGGGAGUUUCUGAAGUUGCUGAUGUUGAUCCGGCUGCCGAAUUUCUGGCAAGAGAACACGACCAACUUGCUGGAUUAGAAGAUCUCAUUCCCGAAGUUUCACAACCGGAACAUGUUGAAACUAUUCAAGAUGAUUUCAUGACCGAAAAUGCAUUUGAAGUCCAAGCUAGUGAAGCGGCUGUAAACUAUGAGCUGGAUGCCUUUUCAGAAGUUGAAGUUGACAAUGGUCUAAGUAAUCAACUUUCUGGCAUGGGAUUAAAGGAGAAUGGCUAUUCAGCACCUCAAAUGAUGUCUUCCAUUCCACGAGAGGAACCUGAAAAGAUUCGCAAGUGGAGGGAGGAACAGAAAUUGCGCUUGGAAAAGAAAGAUGAAGAAGAGGAGCGAAAGAAACAGGAGAUGAAGGAAGCUGCCAGAAAGGAACUAGAAGACUGGUACAAACAUCACAAGGAGACAAUUGAGAAAACGCGUUCCGCCAAUAGGGAGGCAGCCAUAACGGCAGAGAAGGAACUGAUUGGCACCCCAACAGAGUUGGAGCCUGGCCAGGAAUGGGAAAGAAUUGCCAAGCUUUGCGAUUUUAACCCGAAGGCGAGUCGCAACAGCAAAGAUGUAUCUCGCAUGCGUUCCAUUAUUCUUCAGCUGAAGCAAAAUCCGUCGGUUGCUGCCGCUGGGCAUUAAACGUUUUCAUUAUUUUUUUUACCACUCAUUAUCAGUUUUGUUGAGAAAUUUAGAAGUUCAUCUUUUCCAUUUACAACAUGAAUGUCUUAGCAUUGUAAGGAAUAAACCAAGUUACACUACCAGUA